AUGCGAUUUAUAGCUCUACUUAGUGGUGGUAAAGAUAGUAUUUACAAUCUAAUGUUAUCUAAAAAAGAUGGACAUCAUUUAGUUGCUGUGGUUAAUCUUAAGACGGGAGAAGAGAAAGAUUCUUAUAUGUAUCAGUAUGUGGGUAAUAAUGUAGUGCCGGGUAUAGCUGAGGCAUUAGAAGUGCCGUUGGAGACGAUAGUUACGCAAGGGAUGUCUUAUAAUCGGGCGAUGCCGUAUGUGGCUACAAAAGAUGAUGAAGUUGAAGAUCUGUUUAUUGGAUUGAGUGCGCUUAAGCAGAAGUACGAGUUUAGUGGAGUGGCAGUUGGGGCAAUUAAGUCGCAGUAUCAAUACUGCCGUGUAGCUGAUGUAUGUCAGCGCUUGGGUUUAGUUGUGCUGGCUUAUUUAUGGCAGAGAGAGCAAAAGGAGUUGUUGACGGAAAUGGUUGGGGCUGGGCUUAGUUCGAUUGUGGUUAAGGCGGGGGAGGAGCCUUUGGUUGGAUUGGUUGGGCAAGAUAUAUCACAAGUUCUGGUUAAGUAUGCUGAUUUUGUGGCCGGACAAAUAGAUAAGUAUCCUAGUCUUAAGCCAGAAGACUUUAAUAUGUGUGGUGAGGGUGGUGAGUACGAAACUCUUACAUUGGACUGUCCGUUGUUUAAACAGAAGAUUGUUCCUACGGCCACUCGACUUUCAGUUGAUUCACGCGGCACUACUUCCUUUAUUAUUGAUGAGUAUAAACUUGUGCCUAAACUAGGCUAA